AUGCUAGACGAUAUGGGUGUUACUAUUGACCCGACUGCAGCUGGAGACCACAAGCCUACAGCUGAGCGAAACAAUCAAACGCUGAAAGAAAGAGUUAGAGUAGCUCUUGCACGAUUACCCUACAAAGUGGUACCAAAGGUGAUCACAGAAUGUCUUGGACGUCGAGCCGCCAAGCUAUUGAAUGUCUUUCCCCAGAAAGACAAUAUUUCCUCACAUUUCAGUCCGCAGCAACUCAUUGAUAAUGUCAAUAUCAACUACAAGAGUGACAUGGUUGCUGAGCUUGGACAGUAUGUACAUGCAAUUGGGACGGAUUCCAACAAUUCGAUGGAACCGCGAAGUAUUGAAGCUAUCUACAUUGAACCUACAAAGGGACAACGUACAGGGCACCGAGUGCUCAACC